AUGAAGGAAGUUGUGGUUAGUGAGAAUCCUAAAAGGAUUAGUGGGUUAGAAUUCAGUGCCCUCAGUGCAGCUGAUAUUGUAGCCCAAUCCGAAAUUGAGGUUUCCUCUCGUGAUUUAUUCGACUUAGAGAAGGGUCGUGAACCAAAAAUUGGUGGUGCAUUGGAUAGAAAGAUGGGUGUUUCUUCUUCAAGUCUGGAAUGUGAAACUUGUCAUGGGAAUCUAGCGUCGUGUCAUGGGCAUUUUGGUCAUAUUAAGUUGGCAUUACCUGUUUUCCAUGUUGGAUAUUUCAAGGCAACAAUUCAAAUCUUACAAGGUGUUUGUAAGACCUGUUCCGCCAUUUUAUUGAAUGAUCAAGAUAAGAGACAAUUUUUAACAGAGUUGCGUCGUCCAGGUGUCGAUAACUUAAGAAGAAUGGGCAUCUUGAAGAAGGUUUUAGAUCAAUGUAAAAAGCAAAGAAGAUGUUUACAAUGUGGAGCAUUAAAUGGUGUUGUUAAGAAGGCAGCUGCAGGUGCUGGUCCAGCCUCUUUAAAGAUUAUUCAUGAUACAUUCCGUUGGGUAGGAAAGAAAUCUGCGCCAGAGAAGGAUAAAUGGGUUGGUGACUGGAAAGAGGUUUUAUCGCAUCAUCCUGAACUAGAAAGAUUCAUGAAAAGAUGUUCAGAUGACUUAAAUCCUUUGAAGACAUUAAACCUUUUCAAACAAAUUAAACCUGAAGACUGUGAAUUAUUAGGUAUAGAUUCUACCGUGAAAUCUGGUAGACCAGAAACAUAUAUUUGGAGAUACUUACCAGCACCUCCUGUUUGUAUUAGACCUUCUGUGAUGAUGCAGGACUCUCCAGCUUCAAACGAAGAUGAUUUGACAGUUAAACUAACUGAAAUUGUUUGGACUUCAUCCUUGAUUAAAGCCGGUCUGGAAAAAGGGAUAUCUAUUAAUAAUAUGAUGGAGCAUUGGGAUUAUUUACAAUUAACUGUUGCAAUGUACAUCAAUUCAGACUCGGUUAAUCCAGCAAUGUUGCCUGGUGCUUCCAGUGGUGGUGGGAAAGUUAAACCUAUCCGUGGGUUCUGUCAACGUUUGAAGGGUAAGCAAGGUAGAUUCAGAGGUAAUCUAUCUGGUAAGCGUGUAGAUUUCUCUGGUAGAACAGUUAUUUCUCCUGAUCCAAAUUUAUCAAUCGAUGAGGUUGCCGUCCCCGAUCGUGUUGCGAAGGUCUUGACAUUUCCAGAAAAGGUGACUCGUUAUAAUAAACAAAAAUUGCAACAAUUAAUUAUUAAUGGUCCAAACGUUCAUCCAGGUGCCAACUAUUUAUUAAAGAAAAACGAGGAUGCCAGAAGAAACUUACGUUAUGGUGAUCGUAUUAAAUUAGCCAAAAAUCUACAACAUGGAGAUGUUGUGGAGAGACAUUUGGAAGAUGGUGAUGUUGUCUUAUUCAAUCGUCAGCCAUCAUUGCAUAGAUUAUCUAUCUUAUCACAUUUUGCUAAAAUUCGUCCCUGGAGAACUUUCAGGUUAAAUGAAUGUGUCUGUACACCAUAUAAUGCAGAUUUUGAUGGUGAUGAAAUGAAUCUACACGUUCCUCAAACAGAGGAGGCACGAGCAGAAGCAAUCAAUUUAAUGGGUGUUAAGAAUAAUUUAUUGACGCCUAAGUCUGGUGAACCCAUUAUUGCUGCUACCCAAGAUUUCAUUACCGGCUCUUAUUUAAUUUCACAUAAGGACUCAUUUUUUGAUAGAGCGACCUUAACUCAGUUAUUAUCUAUGAUGUCUAAUGGUACUUUACGUUUUGAUAUACCUCCUCCUGCAAUUAUGAAACCCUAUUAUAUGUGGACUGGUAAGCAGGUGUUCUCCCUGCUUAUUAGACCAAAUAAGGAAUCUCCUGUUGUCAUCAAUUUAGAUGCCAAAAAUAAAGUUUUCAUGCCUCCAAAAUACAAGGAUUAUCCAAAUGAGAUGUCAAGAAAUGAUGGGUAUGUUGUAAUUAGAGGUUCAAAUAUUUUAAGUGGUGUCAUGGAUAAGUCUGUCUUAGGUGAUGGUAAGAAGCAUUCCGUAUUUUAUACAAUAUUAAGAGAUUACGGCCCUCAAGAAGCUGCCAAUGCUAUGAAUAGAAUGUCCAAACUUUGUGCAAGAUAUUUAGGUAAUCGUGGUUUCUCAAUUGGUAUUAGUGAUGUUACUCCAGCUGAUGAUUUGAAACAGAAGAAGGAAGAAUUAGUCGAAAUCGCUUAUGCUAAGUGUGAUGAGUUGAUUGACCAGUUCCACAAAGGUAAGUUGGAAACUCAACCAGGUUGUAAUGAGGAACAAACUUUAGAAGCUAAGAUCGGUGGUCUAUUAUCAAAAGUUAGAGAAGAAGUUGGUGAUGUUUGUAUUAACGAAUUAGACAACCUUAAUGCUCCCUUGAUUAUGGCAACAUGUGGUUCUAAAGGUUCUACACUAAAUGUUUCUCAAAUGGUGGCAGUUGUCGGACAACAGAUUAUUUCAGGUAAUCGUGUUCCUGAUGGGUUUCAAGAUCGUUCGUUGCCUCACUUCCAGAAGAAUUCGAAAACGCCACAAUCCAAGGGUUUUGUUAGAAACUCUUUCUUUUCGGGUCUGACUCCUCCAGAAUUUUUGUUCCAUGCCAUUUCAGGUCGUGAAGGUCUAGUCGAUACAGCUGUUAAAACUGCCGAGACUGGGUAUAUGUCUCGUAGAUUGAUGAAGUCAUUGGAAGAUCUUUCUUGUCAGUAUGAUAAUACUGUGAGAACCUCGUCGAAUGGUAUUGUUCAAUUCACAUACGGUGGUGAUGGUUUGGAUCCUAUGGAAAUGGAAGGAAAUGCAAAGCCUGUUAACUUUAACAGAUCUUGGGAUCAUGCCAUCAAUAUCACAUUUAGUAAUCUGGAGAAGGGACUACUACCUUAUGAAAUUAUGGAAAAGACUAACGAAAUUUUAAAGCCUUUAGAGGAGAGAUUGAUUAGAUAUGAUAACGUUGGUGAACUGGUACCAAAGAAAGAUAACGAAAAGGCUGAAUAUGUUGACCAGUUUGAUGCUGAAAGAGAUUUCUACCGCUCUCUAAGGGACUACAUUCAAGAAAAGGCAGACAUACUGGCACGUGUAAGAAAAUCAAGAGGCAUGUUAGAAAUGUCGAGUGAACCAGGUGAAGAAUUAAGAAAAUUAGAUCCAGAUGAGAGAAUUACUGAAAGCAUCAAACACUCUGUCGACCAACUUUAUAAGAUUACUGAAAAGAGUGUCCAAACAUUUUUGGAAAUUGCUUUGUAUAAGUACCGAAAGGCAAGAGUGGAGCCGGGAACAGCUGUUGGUGCUAUUGGUGCACAAUCUAUUGGUGAACCUGGUACCCAAAUGACCUUGAAAACUUUCCAUUUUGCUGGUGUUGCUUCUAUGAACGUUACAUUAGGUGUUCCUCGUAUUAAGGAAAUCAUUAAUGCAUCCAAGGUUAUUUCUACUCCAAUUAUCAAUGCUGUAUUAGUUAAUGAAAAUGACGAAAGAGCUGCAAGAGUGGUUAAAGGGAGAAUUGAGAAGACUUUGUUGUCAGAUAUUGCAUACUACAUCCAGGAUGUGUACAAGGAUAAUCUAUCAUUUAUUCAGGUCCGUGUAGAUUUAGGAACUAUUGAAAAGUUGCAAUUAGAAUUGACCAUUGAAGAUAUUGCGGUGGCAAUUACUAAGGCACCAAAAUUGAAGAUUCAGACAUCAGAUGUUAAUAUUCUCGGUAAAGAUAAGAUUGCCAUUAAUGUCUACCCAGACGGCUAUAAAGCUAAAUCAAUUUCUACAAUGGCUAAGGAACCCAGUAACAAUGCAGUCUUUUAUAGAAUGCAACAUCUACGUCGUGUUCUACCUAGUAUCGUUGUUAAAGGUUUUGGUGAUAUCUCAAGAGCUGUUAUUAAUAUUAGAGAUGAUGGUAAGAGGGAAUUGUUGGUCGAAGGUUAUGGUUUGAGGGAUGUCAUGUGUACAGACGGUGUCAUCGGUAUGAAGACAACUACAAAUCAUAUAUUAGAAGUCAACAACGUGUUAGGUAUUGAGGCAGCAAGAUCAAGUAUUAUUGGUGAAAUCGAUUAUACUAUGAGUAAUCAUGGUAUGAGUGUUGAUCCUCGUCAUAUUCAAUUGUUAGGUGACGUGAUGACAUAUAAGGGAGAAAUCCUGGGUAUUACUAGAUUUGGUUUGAGUAAGAUGAGAGAUUCCGUCCUACAAUUGGCUUCUUUCGAAAAGACUACGGAUCAUUUAUUCGAUGCAGCUUUCUAUAUGAAGAAGGAUGCUGUUGAAGGUGUCUCUGAAUGUAUUAUUUUAGGUCAAACCAUGUCCAUUGGUACUGGUUCAUUUAAGGUGGUCAAGGGAACAAACAUCUCUGAGGCAGACUUAAAACCAAAACCAACAUUGUUUGAGAAAUUAUCCAAUUGUGGAACUCAUAAAUUAAACUAA